CCCUAGAGCCCCUUGAUUAAUGACAUUGGAUUCACCUGGAGAGGAAGGUUUGAAGCCCACGAGGUGGCUCGGCUUCUGCUCUAGGAAAAUGCAGGAGCUCAUUGCUGGUGUGGAGAAGAUUGUGUUUGACUUGGAGGCCGAUGUGGAGCAGCAGAAGGGCACUGGCCUUCUGCCCUUUCUGGGCAUGGACAAGUCCAGGGCAGCUGUUUGCAAUUUCUUUCUCAAAGGCCUAUGUGGGAAAGGUGGGCUCUGUCCUUUCCGACACCUAAGCGGGGAGAAGACGGUGGUCUGCAAACACUGGCUGCGGGGGCUGUGCAAGAAGGGGGACCAGUGUGAGUUCCUGCACCAGUACGAUGUCACCAAGAUGCCCGAGUGCUACUUCUUCUCCAACUUCGGAAAAUGCAGCAACAAGGAAUGUCCUUUCUUGCACGUGGACCCUGCCUCUCGGCUUCGGGACUGCCCAUGGUACAAUCAAGGCUUCUGCAAGAAUGGUCCCCUGUGCAAAUACCAGCACACCCGUCGAGUGAUGUGUAUCAACUACCUCGUCGGCUUCUGCCCGGCAGGACCCAAGUGCAAGUUCAUGCAUCCCAAGAUGAAUCUGCUGCUGGGAAACCAGGAUAACUUCAAGAGCCAGGCUCCAGGACCAGCACCCCUAACCUCUGCUGGGAGCAUCUCUUCGAAGGACUCCAGCGUGGACCGCCUGCCCCCGUCUCGCAUCUCCGCCCUCCACUUCCUCCACUAUCAUCUGAGGACCCGGCAUAACAUGGCUCAGCCCUCCCCAAGCUUCAAACCCCUGCCUCAGAUCACCUGCUUCAGGUGUGGAGGAAAGGGCCACUACGCCAACAAGUGUGGGAAGAUUUCCACGGGACCACUUAAAGGAGAAUAACUUAAGAUCCAGGUGACCAGAGCCCUCUGUCAAAUAGCCCAUACAGUUCUGGAUGCUCAAAUUAAGUUCCCUUAAUUUUUAGGGUCUGGUUCUAGGCGAGAGAACCAGACCCGCCAAGUCCUCAGCCCAUUUUGUCUAGCACCUGUCACUUGUUCAGUGCCUAGGAGAAGGGAACAGAAGUCACACAGCUUUGAUUAAUGCCAUUUUCCAGCUCUGGGGAUGCUGCGAUAGACCAUCCACUGGCAGGGAAAAUAAACCACUUCCUCUGUACCGAGGUGAAUAUCUGCUCCUCAGGAGGCAGUGAGCGUCACAACUAUUUUUUAGCCCGCUUCAAACGGACCGCUGGUGGUUGAAUCGGUUUCCCACGGGAAGAAAGGAGCAGAGGCCCCAUCUGUUUACCAUAGUGAAUUGGGCAAGCCUGAAACGUGGAAGACAUUUGUCUUGCUCCUGCUCUUAGAAGCCCCGAUGUAGCCUUGGCAUUAUCUGAUAGAAUUUUCAAGCACGAGA